CACUGAGUAAACCACACUUCAUUUAUCCUGCAAACCACUGUUCCAAACCAUAGCCUGGAUGUUACCACACUGAACCAACAUCCCACCUAGAUGCCCAAAACACAUCCCUAAUCCAUCAAUCUAAAAGCAAAUAAAAAAAAAACACUUUCAGUCAUUGGAUUCAUUCACCCAUCCGUGCAAAUAUAUAUCUAUAGACAGAAAUAUAAUAAAGGAAGAUGAGCAGUGACCAACACUGUCUACAAUACCUUCUUCAUUUUCUACCCACAACCAAAGUCACCUAUUCCCAGACGCAAAUAACACCCACAUGCUUUCAGAAAAUGACAAAUAACCAUACUGCAAAUCUUUCAUUCUCCAAACUCUAGACCUUCAUGUAAGUAUAUAACUCAAAACAUCAAAGAAACUCGUGUAGAUAAAGACAGACAGGAUAAACGAGAAAUCUCUGGAAUCUUUAAAGAAGAAGGAAAGGUUUUCUUUUUUUUUUUGUGUGUGUGCGCGCGUGAAAAUGAAGGUGUCGUCGAAACCCAUAUCGAGCCCCUGUCGGGGAGAGAAGUAUCCGCCACAAUUGAUGCGUUUUCUGAGAAGCAACGUUGGAAGUAGAAGCAGGGGAAGGUCACGUUCCAGCCCCAUGUUUGUUAGAAGAAAGCACACCCCCAUCGAAACCCAAGAGCCUUCUUCGCCUAAAGUCACUUGCAUGGGUCAGGUUCGGGUCAGACGCUCCAAACAAACCGCUCCACCAGGUGCUCCUAUUUGUCGCAGCAGCCGCUGUAAAUGGAUCACUAAUGCUCUUUUUUGCCAUAAUUUCCCUGGGAAAGUCAAGGCCAAGCCUUUUGUUAAACCCUCUUGGGAGAAAUGGGGGACUUUUUUCCUUAUGGGCUCUUGCAGAAAACCCCAAACUAGAGAAGAUUCAUCGAAAUAUGGGAACAAAAUGGAAGGAAGUGAAGAGGAAGAGGAAGCUAAGAUAUUUGCAUCUUCUUCUUGUUCAUCACCACCAAAAAAUGCUUUGAUUUUAACACGUUGUCGAUCAGCUCCGUACAGGUCUUCUUCUUUAGCUUGUAGAUUUUGGGGGUCACCUUUAGCCAACCAUGAAACAAAUGAAGAAGCAGAGGUAGCGAAGAGAGGAUUUGAAGACGAAGAAGAGAAAGAGUCGAUUUGUAGAAAUUCGGAAACUGAAGAAAAGCCCGGUUUUUGCAGCAAAAUUGAAGAGAAAGAAAUAGAAGAAACUGAGAGAAGUCAAGAAUCGAAAACAGAGCAGCAGGGAAAUGUAGGGCCUGUAGUUCUCACAAGAUGUAAAUCAGAACCGGCUAGAAAUGUUGCAAGGCUCGAUCCUGAAAUGAGAUUGUGGAAGAAGAGAACGUUGGGUUUCACGUGAUUCAUUCCAUUUUAAUUUAAUUAAAUUUCUGACUCAUGUUACGUCAACAGCUAGAGCUUUGAGAGAGAAUCUCUAUGGGAUCUUAGAUUAAUAUAAACCAAGAAAACGGAAAUAUGUAGAGUGUUAAAUCAAAUCAAUGAUAAGGUUUAUGUCUUCUUAA